AUGAAAAUGGUCAAGGUAAACAACCCAGCACCUUCACCAGAUGAACCAACAAUUCUAUCAACGGAACCUCCACAUGCACUACAACCGCCAGUUAUGAAUGCGAGACCGCUCAUUCGUACUUUUAACGCACCACCACAAGUGCAAUCAAGUGUAGAAGAAGUCAAACCAGCGGAACAUGUAUCCUUGAAUGAGGCACCAGCAAAUCAAGGAGCAUCAUCAGAAACAAAACCAACUGAAGGAGAAGUUCAGCCAGUGAACCCUGAACCGUUGAGGAGAGCACUAGUAAAGAAAGUCGUAGAACCCGGUGAGCAUAAAGAAGGAUCACCAGAAGCAAAACCAAGUGAAGUUGAAGCUCAGCCAGCUGGAAAUCCACCGUCGGAGGAAGUACUAGUAAGAAGAGGCGCAGAACCCGGUGAGCACAAAGAAGGACCAACAGAAGCAAAACCAAGUGAAGUCGAAGCUCAGCCAGCUGGAAAUCCACCGUCGGAGAAUGUACUAGUAAGAAGAGGCGCAGAACCCGGUGAGCAUAAAGAAGGACCAACAGAAGCAAAACCAAAUGAAGUUGAAGCUCAGCCAGCUGGAAAUCCACCGUCGGAUGAAGUACUAGUAAAAAGAGCCCCAGAACCCGGUGAGCACAAAGAAGAACCAAAACCAAUUGAAGGAGAAGCUCAGCCAGUGAAAUAUACACUGCUCAAGGGAGAACCAGUAAUUGAAGGCGCAGAACCCGGUGAGCACAAAGAAGAACCAAAACCAAUUGAAGGAGAA